CUUACAAUGAAACGAAAUGGCUCAGAAUUUCAAGGCAUUAGGUAUCAUAAAACGUCAAUUUGUCCCCAACAAUUCUGCAUUACAGAAAACCUUUGGUGUCAGCCCAUUUUAUACUGCUGCCAGUAAUGGUCAUAAGAGAAGAAUUGACUUGAUGACAGUUUUUGAUCUUCAUUUUGUUUAAAGAUUGUGACAUUUUCAACAAAAAGCAUCAAUGGACUUGCAAGGUGAAGAGGCUGAAGUGGCAGACAACCUGUUUGAUAUUCACAUUUGUGGAGCUUGUAAGUCUCAGUUCCAUAAUGUAGAGAACUUCUUGGAGCACAAGCGUCAGUGUCCAGUUCUUGUCAGACUUCUAGCAGGUGUACGACGAAAGAGACAACAUGCAGCUCAAUCGUCUCUCCACACUUCAUCCCUGCCUUAUCAGCAAGCUGAAAGUGAGUGUCAGCAGCAAUCACCCAGAGCAGCAUACUCUGUAGUUUGUGAAAGUGAAAACCCUCAGCUGCAUAUUGAAGGAUGUGGAAAUCAAGUUGAAGCAGCAACUAGUGCAAGCGAACAGCAUGCAGAAGAUCUUCCUCACAUUCAGCAACAUGCAGCUGACCUUGACUCUCAAAUAGAAACAGCAGAUGAACAUUCUCAUCAGCCUAUGUGCUUAGAUGAGUCUGGUUUCCAAGAUGUUUCUUGCCAUGAACAUAUGCCUGUUCGAGAUGUGGGAGACAAUGCAGAAACUGAAGAGCAUGCAGGAAACUUUCUGUAUUCUGAUGAAAGCACCAUUUUGCGCACACAGCCACAGGCUCUGACAACAAUGACUCCAGACCUCACAGGCUUGCAGUCUUUUUCAGAGAUGUCACCAGUCUCUGGCCAGACGAGUGGAUCGGCCUUUGUGAUGUCUGGAACAGUGCAGUCUGGGCAACAGCUGCUUGCAGGCAGGCCUUACUUGUUUUCAUCAGCCCAAGCAGUCUCUGAGCAUUCGCUACAGAGAGGAAACUUGGGACGACGUCACACUAGACAAAUGCAGCAGCUGCGGUUGCAUCAUGGGGGAGUUCAUAUUUUGAAUCAGACGCUGACGGAUGAAGAGAAUGAGGUUCAGUCCCAGCAGCUCCUGUUGCCUCUUUCCAAAAAGAAAUCAGAGCACUCAGUCCAAGGGCAAACAAGUCAUAUAGAAAGAAACUCUCCUGUCACUUACCAGUUUCAGAUUUCUGGUCAGCAGGUGUUUGAACACUUGCACAAUCUGAAACAGAUUCAGCAGACUGUAGACAGACCAAGCUCUGGUGACUUGCAGCAAGUGGACAGAGGGCUUGUUUCAACUAACCAACAUCUUGACGUUCUUCAGCGGGAGGCUGACAGUGAUCUUGGUUUAUCUGUGUCUGAAGGUCAAGAUUUUAUGGGUUCUGAACAAAUGAAUAUAAGUGAUCAGGAUGGAUCUGCUACUGUCACCUUAGACUCUGAGCUGGGUAGAAACUUAAUGAGGCAGAUACAGAGCUUUGCAAACACUAACAAUGCACUAGAAAGUGCAGGAACAUUCAUUGAAGAGAGAACACUUCAUCACAGUGUUGCUGAAAUUCAAAGGGGUUUGGGAAGAAAGCAGAGGCAUACAGCUGACGAUAUUAAUGAGGAUUGUCUCCUGGUGAAAAGUGAUCAAAAUGAUAUGACAAAAUCAAACCAUUUACUGAAUAAGUGGAAAUAUAAAUAUUUAAAUCUUAUGCCUGAAGUUUCUGUGCAUCUCAAGUCUGUUGCUGGUUCUGCAGAAGAGGGAACAGAAGCAUCACCAAGUCUUCAAGAAAUUGCUGCUCAGGUUUCAGAAUUUGCUGCCAGUUUGCCAGAUUCCCUUGCUGCAGGGCAGUUGAUAACUUCACAGGCCCAUGACACCAAGACUGAAGUGUCUGACAUGGGUCCGGAUGUAGAUAUGCUUAGUGAUAUACAAGACCAACAUGCGUCGGUUUUGGGGUUGCAGACUUCUCAGGUAGAUUCGCAUAAUGCAAGAGUCAAAUCCCCUCGGAGAAUUUUGCAACCUUUGGCAAAAAAUGCAUUAGCACGCUUGCAGCAGCAGAUAAUGGAUACACCAGAGCCUUCACAGCUGCUGUCAAACCAGCUUUCUGAAUCAUGUGAAAUCUUGAUGGAUGCCAGACACCAAAGAACUUUCAGGAAGUCUGCCUGCAUUGGAUCCAGUGAAAGUCAUGCCACAGCUAAAUCAGCUUCCAAAUCUUCAGUCACCUGCAGCAAUACCUCCACAGUUAAACGCAAGGAAUACACAUGCAGUUUCCCAGAUUGCAAUUAUGUGACUACCUAUGUGAAGGAUCUUCAGAGACAUGUUCGCACCCAUACUGGAGAGCGUCCCUACACAUGCCCUCAUUGUAACAAAGACUUCAACAGGUCUGAUAAACUGCGUGUUCAUAUACGUUGGCAUACAGGUGACAAGCCAUUCAAGUGUCCACAGUGUGAUUAUGCUGCAGUUGAUAGCGGCAGUUUGAAAAAGCAUGUGCGCACUCAUACGGAUGAAAGACCAUUUAAGUGCCAGAUUUGCCCAUAUGCUAGUCGCAAUUCUAGUCAGUUAAUUGUCCAUUUACGCACACACACUGGUGAUUCACCUUUUGAGUGUGACAUCUGUGGCUCCAAGUUUAAAAUCAACUCUGAUCUUAAAAGGCAUAUGAGGAUUCAUACUGGUGAGAAGCCAUACCAGUGUGAACUUUGUGACUACAAAUGCUCUAUCAAAGGAAACUUGAAGAGUCAUCAUAAGAUCAACCACAGCCCAGAAAAUCAACUACAGUGUGAUCAGUGCAGUUUCUCUUCCUCAUCACAAAAACUUUUACGUCAGCACCAAAAGCAGCACACACCAGGUCAAAUUUGCCCUGUUUGCAAAUAUGUAUGUUCAACCAGCUCUUCCUUAAAAAACCACCUCCGAACGCAUAGCGAUGAGCGGCCUUUCCAAUGUGACUUUUGCCCUUACUCUGCCAAGCAGCGUGGCAAUGUUAAAUCUCACACCAAAAAGCGCCAUGCAGAGAAACUCAGAUCACUCAGGCGUUAUCGUGCCAAAGGUGGUGGUAGUAGUCAUGGUAACAGCAGUAAUCGACGAUCAGCAUCAUCUGCUGCUGUCAAAGACUCUGAAGGUGAAGCUGAUGAAGCAAGGAUUCAGCAGAUCCGGCCAAGCUGUCCUAGAACUUUCCAUUGCUUAGAAUGUAAGAGUUCUUUUGUUAGGGCUGACUCUCUGAGAAGCCACAUGCGACUACAGCACAGGCGAUCACUACAAACAGCAGGAAAGCUUUAUGGAUCUUCGAAAACAUCCAGAGCAAGUUCAUGGUCAUUCCAACCUGUCUUCGAUGCUACAAGAUAAAAAAUUUGAUACCCCAAAGCCCAAAGAUGCAGAAGUGGUUUUUGCCCCUGCAUCUUCAAAGUUAACCAGUGGGAGGUCAGAGUCUCCUGGUCUUGGACCCUCAUCCUCAAGUUGUGCAAGUUCAUCGCUGCACAAGAGAUCAAGG